AUGGCUGGCGGCGUCAAGAAACCAGUCAACAUCUUCAGGCUCAAGAAUCUAGGCGAGCCUAAGAAUGUCUUCAAUUGGCGGCUAUGGUUUGCCGUCAUCUCAUUCGGCCUCCUAGGCGCUGCCCGUGGUGUAGAUGAAGGUCUCAUCUCGGGCUCCUUCAGCUCCAAGGAUUUCCAGCGGUACAUUAACUUUUCUUCCUACAGCAAGGUCGAGCAGACGAACAUCAAGGCGAAUGUGUCGGCGAUGGUACAGAUAGGUUCGGUAGGCGGCGCGCUCUUCGCUUUCGUCAUUUGCGAUCGUAUCGGCAGAAUCUGGGCUACUCGCCAAUUGUGCCUCCUUUGGAUCUUGGGGAUCGCCAUCUUCAUGGGAAAUGGUGGUAAUCUCGGAGCCGUAUACGCCGGUCGUUUCAUCGCCGGCCUCGGCGUAGGACAGACGCCUGUCGUCGGUCCUAUCGCCGAGAUCGCGCCAGCUUCUAUCCGAGGUCUCUGCACCUGUAUCUUCACGGGCUUCGUUUACGUCGGUAUUGUCCUCGCGUACUUUACCAACUAUGGGGCUCAAGUCAACCUCGGCGACACUACUCACGUUCGAUGGCUCGCGCCGACGAGUCUGCACAUCAUUUUUGCCGGUCUCAUCUUCAUCUUGACAUUCUUCCAGUAUGAGUCGCCACGCUUCCUCGUCAAACAAGGCAAAUACCAGAAAGCAGCCGAGAACAUGGCUCACAUCCGCCACUUGCCUGUCGACGACGCGUAUGUUAUUUCAGAGAUUAGCGCCAUCCGGGACGCGCACGAAGAGGAACUAGAAGCUACCAUGGGCACGAGCUGGUACGGUGUGCUCAAGGAAAUGUUCUUGAUCCCAAGUAACCUGUACCGCCUCUACCUCAGCGCGAUGGUGCAAUUCCUAUCUCAGUGGUCCGGUGCGGGAUCUAUCACGCUAUAUGCUAAUGACUUCUUCGACCUUCUCGGCAUAACAGGCCAGAACGAGUCCCUGCUCGUCACGGGUAUAUUCGGCAUCGUCAAGUUCGUCGCGGCGCUUAUCUGCGCCCUCUUCCUUGUCGACGUCAUCGGCCGCAAGCGUGCCUUGCUUCUCGGCAUCACGCUGCAGGCCAUCUCCAUGGUCUACGUGGCGGGGUUCCUGACAGCCGUACCAGAACUGGGAGUUGACGACAGCUACAUACUUCCGCAGGCCGAGAGGAACGCUAGCCGCGGUGCUAUCGCGAUGAUCUACAUCUCCGGUUGCGGCUGGGCCCUUGGCUGGAAUUCGAUGCAGUACUUGCUCACGGCCGAGCUCUUCCCUCUGCGGAUCCGCGCCCUGUCCACGUCGAUCGUGAUGACGCUUCACUUUGCAAACCAGUACGGUAACUCGCGCGCUGUUCCUAACAUGCUGCUUCCCACGAGUCAGGGUGGCAUCUCGCCCGAGGGAACGUUUUGGUUCUUCGGUGCCGUCACCGUGCUAGGCGGUCUAUGGGUCUGGUUCUUCGUGCCCGAGACUGCGGGCCGAUCUUUGGAAUCGAUGGACCGCCUAUUCGAGCUGCCGUGGUACAAGAUUGGACGACGCGGGAACGAAGAUGCUGACCGUAAGGACGAGGCCUACAACGAGAAGGAGGCGGCGGCAGUGGAGGUAGAUCACGUUGACGUAGUUGGCGAGGAGAGACCAAAGGGGGAUAUUCGUGUUUAA